GCCAUAUCAGCAGCUCUAAGGCGCAUAUACCUCGUUAACGUGUCAGCCUGCACUGAAAAUAAGACCUGAUGCUCUGAAACUAAACGACGCAAAAGUGGGAACAACACAGUCUGUGUUGUAUAGGAGGACUGCAAAGUAAUGGACUGAGCAGAAGAUCACAGAAAGCAGGUCUUUACAGAUAUUUGUACCGGAUGAAUUAAUAAUGGGCGAACACAAAUUCGAAUUUCUCCAAAGAGGAAUCAAUGUAGAGCUCAGUUGUUAGUUGGGAAAGAAAACAAGCAGCAGUAGAGCUGAGUUAGAGGCAGUCUUCUCUGUCAAUCCUCUCUUUUCAGCUCCCAGGGAAAAACAAAUGCGGACAGAAAGAUGCAUCUGGGUAAAGCUCUACUGUUCGUCCUCCUCCUUAACUGCGCCACUCUGAGCUCUCCGCUGUCCACUUGCGCCACCGUGGACAUCGACCAUGUGAAGAGGAAGAGGGUCGAAGCGAUACGGGGUCAGAUCCUGAGUAAACUUCGUCUGACGAGUCCGCCGCACUCCCUGGGACCGACCAACAUACCCUAUCAGAUCCAGGCGUUAUAUAACAGCACGAAGGAGCUUCUGGAGCAGCUGAGCAGGGAACGGAAGCAGACCUGCGGCCAGGACAACACAGAGACAGAGUACAUCGCCAAAGAGAUAUACAAAAUUAACAUGGUGUAUGGAACGCCAGACAACAAUGAUCUGCCCUACUGCUCUAAAAGCAUGACUUCUAAAUUUUUCCGCUUCGAUGUCUCUCGAAUGGAAAGGAACUCAUCCAACCUCUUCAGGGCAGAGUUUCGAGCCCUGAGGGUACCAAACCCCAGUGCCAAGAGGAACGAACAGCGGCUUGAGCUCUACCAGACCAUGAGACUAAACGAGCACAUAAGGAAGCAGCGCUUGAUUGGAGCAAAAAAUGUGCAAACCAAAGGCUCUCCUGAGUGGAUCACCUUUGAUGUGACUGAAACUGUGCGGGAAUGGCUGAUAAACAGAGGAUCUAAUCUGGGUUUGGAAAUCAGUGUGCAUUGUCCCUGCCAGGCCUACAGUUCAAACGGUGACAUCGACAAUGAAAAUGAAGUUCUGGAGGUUAAAUUUAGAGGUGUUGAUGGAGAUGAGGAGCAGAUUCGCCUGGAUCUGGAUAGCCUGAAGAAAAAUAAGGAGCAAUACCUUCCUCACCUUAUCCUCAUGAUGAUCCCACCCCACCGCCUGGAUACUCACCCCUCACGCCGACACAAGAGAGCGCUGGACACAAACUACUGCUUCUCAAACACGGAGGAGAGCUGUUGCGUUCGCAGGCUCCACAUAGAUUUUCGCCGUGAUCUGGACUGGAAGUGGAUCCACGAGCCGAGUGGCUACGAUGCCAACUACUGCUCUGGGCCCUGCCCUUACCUGAGGAGCUCGGACACAACACAUAGCUCGCUGCUGAGCCUUUACAACACUCUGAAUCCAGAGGCCUCCGCCGCCCCCUGCUGCGUCCCUCAGGACCUGGCGCCCCUCACUAUACUCUACUACUCUGGACGGACCCCUAAGGUGGAGCAGCUCUCCAACAUGAUUGUCAAGUCUUGCAAAUGUAGCUGAGAUGACAUGACAGACUUUGACACUAGGUAGAGGAUAAAACCUUCUAGACUAUGAGCUGUGAUGAAUACUUAAAUGACCCUGUGGCCUGCGUCUUUGCUCUGUUUUAAACUGAACCGUUUUUUGUCGUUGUUGUUGUUCCUUGUUAUUUUGCUGUUACAAAGCCACUUUUAAGAGGCAAGCUAAUUUUAAACCAUCCAAACUUAACUCCAGCUGAAUGAAAUUCAUUUUAUGGUUUAUCUUUUGACCUCCAAACUCAAUUGUCAGUAGUGCAGCUUUCUCAUUUCUGUCCUAAAUAUUAAAUCUGCUCCCCUCAAUGGAUGAAUUUCGUUCUGGCUAGUGAUUUUGUUUAAACUUUCCUUAAGUUCCCUUCCCUGUAGACAGUGGGCAUUAUCUUCAAACACAAAAGGAGAAAGGACAGACUCGUUGCUGUAUCCAAAACCAUAGCUGUGGUCUGGGGAAAGGAGAGCUGAGUGAGAAUGCCUGUUGGAUUUGCAAUGGAAAGGCAAUGAAGAAAGAAAUGGAGCCAAGCUUUUCUCUUUUGGCCAGCCAACAGCGGUGGCCCUUUUAUUUUCUGUGCAUCUAUUAGAGCGGAUGGACAGAGAAGAAGAAAAGGGAACCUGAAUUGAAGGAAAGGAUUGUGUUGGAAUCUAGCCACGAGUGUGCUGCCAUUCACUGGAUGUUUUCAUUCCUCACAGGUUCAAAUUAUUAUUUUUUUCUCCUUGAACAUCAAAGAAUUUACUGGAAUAGAGCAAGUGUUAUGCAACAAGUUUUUAUGAGAUUUCUUUUACAUUAAUAGCAGAUUUAGUCUGUUAUGUAACUUGUCAUAUAGUGAUUGUUUCACUAACAGCAGGGAAUUGACCCUUACCGUCAUUAUCCUCAAUGAAAGCCAUUUUAUGCUGUUCUAAACCUAGGGUACUGUUACAAUGUAAUUUAAAAAUAAUGUGCAACCUUUGUAUUUGUGUUAUACUAGCUUAACCUGUUGUUUUAGACUCAGUAUGUUUCUGUCUGAUGCUGUUUAUUAGAGGUAUACAGAAAGUGAAAUCCCUGCACUUUUGUUGCAGCAAUACAAGGAAAUGUAAGUAUGUAGCUGAGAAAGUGCAAGGUGUAGAAAUAAAAACCAAAGCCACAUAAA